UACUACUACAGGACGCUAAGCAGUAGGUCGGUCCUUCUGCUUGCUCUCCAUCCGUUUGUUCGAGUCCUCACAGAGGAGACGCUGCCUUCACCGGAGACGAGUAUUGCUGGUUUGUUAUUCCAGUAUUUUCUUAUGUGAUGGGAUACAUUUGAAUAAGAUAUUUAGUAUUUUUGGAUGUUUCAUUUAUUCGGCCAUUUUGGAAUAAAGCACUGAAAUCCAAGCUGUAAGCAUGGAAGCCGGAGGACAAAGACGAGGACUGCGGGCUUGGUGGGUUGCCUCUUGUGUUUGCAUCAUGCUGGCUGGUUUGGAGCGGGUUGCGGCACAGAUUAAAUAUUCCAUUGCGGAGGAGGUCAAAGUGGGAACCGUGGUGGGGAAUAUUGCAAGGGAUCUCGGACUGGACAUCGCCUCUUUGGUGGAGAGACGUUUUCGCAUCGUUUCAGGGCCAGAUGGGGAUCAGUUUGAGGUAAAUGCCAGCAAUGGCGUUCUGUGUGUGCGUAAAACUAUGGACAGAGAAGAGCUUUGUGAGGGCAUGUCGCCUUGUUUGAUUAAUAUGAAAUUAAUCGCUGAGAACCCCAUGGAAAUACACCAUGUAGGUGUAGAAAUCAUUGAUAUUAAUGAUAAUUCACCUACUUUUCAAGAAGGAGAAAAGAUAAUCGAAAUAUCAGAAUCCACGCUGCCUGGAAAACGAUUCCAAUUACCAAGCGCACACGAUCCAGACGUUUUGGCUAAUACGGUACGUGUGUAUAGAUUAAAUCAAAAUGAAUAUUUCAGCGCACAAAUUAGAGACAGGGGAGAUGAUAAGGUGCCAUUUUUGGUUUUACAAAAGCCUCUAGACAGAGAAAAACACACGGAGCACAAAUUAGUUCUGACUGCAAUUGACGGUGGAAAUCCACCAAAAUCUGGAACUCUUAAUGUCACAGUUAUUGUGCUGGAUUCUAACGAUAACAAUCCUACGUUUACACAGGAAGUAUAUUCCGUAACAAUAUCCGAAAACGUGAAGCCUGGCACAAGCGUCAUGAAGGUUGAAGCAACUGAUCUUGACGAGGAAUUAAAUGGAGAUAUUGAAUAUUAUUUCGGUGGAGAACUUGACUCUAAAAUCUAUGAAAUGUUUGCUUUGGAUAAAGACUCCGGUGUAAUCCAAGUCAAAGGCCAACUUGACUAUGAGAAGGUGGAUGUUUACAAGUUAGACGUCCAUGCCACAGACAAAGGACAGCCGCCAAUGAGCACCGAUUGCAGAGUAAUUAUUAAAAUCAUGGAUGAAAAUGACAACCAACCGGAAAUUGAUGUGACAUCCCUGUCGAAAACCUUAGCAGAAGAUUCCAAACCCGGCACCGUGAUUUCUUUAAUAAGCAUCACAGACAAAGACGUGGGUUUGAACGGUAAAGUCAUAUGUAGUCUUUCACUCAAUGUCCCGUUUGAAUUAAAACCGUCAUUUCAAGAUAAUAUGUACUCGCUGGUACUGAAAGAUAGAUUGGAUCGAGAAUUAGUUUCGGAUUAUGACAUUACAUUAACAGCUACAGAUUGUGGCCAACCGCCUUUGUCCAACUUUAAAAUUCUGCAUGUGGAUGUGUCAGACGUCAAUGAUAAUGUUCCUACAUUUCUGCACAAUCCAAUUCAACUUUAUUUGCUGGAAAAUAACGUGCCAGGAAAUUCCAUUUUUACUGUCACUGCCUUUGAUAAGGACCUGAAUGAAAAUGCAGCUUUGACUUAUCACAUUGACAAAGGAGAAGGUCCGGUUAAAAUGUCAACAUUUUUAAAUAUCAACUCAGAAACUGGACAAAUAUCGGCACUAAAGAGUUUUGACUUUGAGACGCUAAAAAGCUUCCAGUUCCAAGUGGUGGCCACAGACGCUGGAAGUCCUCCACUGAGCAGCAACGUAACAGUGAAGGUGUUCAUACUGGAUCAGAACGACAACGCUCCGGUCAUCCUGUAUCCAGUCAGCUCCAACGGUUCCUCCGAAGGCGUGGAGGAGAUUCCCCGCAAUAUGAAAGCAGGAGACUUGGUGACUAAAGUCCGAGCCUAUGACGCUGAUAUCGGAUAUAACGGCUGGUUACUGUUUUCACUGCAGCAAGUCACUGACCACAGUGUCUUUACUUUGGACCGCUAUACGGGCCAGAUCAGAACACUUCGCUCAUUGACAGAGACAGACGAGGCUGAGCAUCAACUGCUCAUACUGGUCAAAGACAAUGGCAACGUUUCACUCUCAGCAACAGCUACUGUGACUGUCAAACUUGUGGAGCCCAAAGAGGCUUUUGCAGCUUCUGAUGUCAAACGUGCAGCAGCAAAAGUGGACAAGGAGGAGGACGACAAUGUGACUUUUUAUCUCAUCAUCACUUUGGGCUCGGUCUCCCUCCUUUUUGUCAUCAGCAUCAUCGUGCUGAUCGCCAUGCAGUGCUCCAAAUCCACAGAGUACACUUCCAAAUAUCUCCAAGACACUAAUUAUGAUGGGACACUGUGUCACAGCAUCCAGUACAGAUCAGGAGACAAACGCUACAUGUUAGUUGGACCCAGAAUGAGUAUCGGUUCUACUGUGGUCCCGGGCAGCCACGCCAACACUCUGGUGCUCCCUGACAGGAGACUCGCUUCUUCUGGGGAGGUAAGACAUCCAUUUUUCUGCAAUAUAAGUUAUGUGCAUUUUAAUUGUGUGGUGUAACAUUGUCUCCUGCAAAGCCAUGCUCUCCAUGGUGCUGAAUUCUGAUGGUUAGCUUGUCUUCAUGCUUCUUUGCUGGUUGAAAUGAUUGUGAGCAAUGUGAAUACUGUUUGAUCAGAGUGAUGGUUUUGUCCAAAAUGAGUAGUAGUCCAUAUUAUAUAUGGUGUAUAUUUGUAUAUAGCUUAAUGUCACUUUAUUGUUGAAUCCUAUAGAAGUGUUAUCUCUGAUUAUAUUAUACCAUAUUCUGAAUAUCUUCCUCUGCAAUUUCAUUAUUCGUUUGUCAUAUUUUAAUUUGAGUUAAUAAUGUGUAUACAUAUAUAUACUGCAAUAGUAGAGGAGAAGCGUCAAACUUAACGGAAUAAUUACUUUGGAACUGAGAAUAUUAUUAUAAUCAGCAUAUUUGAUUCUGCAGACGUUGUUGUAUCAUAAUACAUAUUUCAAUGGCUUCCUAUCUGUUGUUUUUUUUACCCCAAUAUAUGGCUUUAAAUUCCGUCUCAGUGAUAGUCAAACCAUAACCUAUCACGUGGUAGAUGACAG